GGGGGCCCCACCAAGCACCAGGCGCAGACCAUAAUCAACAACGUGUUAGGCCUGAAGCGUGUGUGCGAACGCUGGGUGCCCCGGUUCCUCACGCCGGAGCAGCGUCAGCAUCGCGUCGCGACCUGCCAGGAGCUGUUCGACCGCCACGAGGCCGAAGGCGAGGAGUUUCUCUCCAAGAUUGUCACUGGAGACGAGACCUAUGUCACUUACUACAUGCCGGAGCGGCGGCCGUCGGCGACAUACAAAUUCCCGGGGCCGCAGGAGAAAGCGAAGAUGAACCAUACACAAUUCCGGGUUCUCUACGCCAUCUUCUAUGACAUGCAAGGCCUUCUGCUCGCACACCCAGUGCCGGAGCCCCAACCCCCGAUGGAGGGGAAACCCACUGCCUUGCACUCCGCCAAGCUCACGCAGGCGGCACUGAAGGACCUCGACAUAGAGACAAUCCCACAACCUCCGGACUCGCCCGACCUCCUGCCGUCGGAGUAUUGGCUCUUCCCCCACCUGAAGGACCUGAUAAAGGGCUCCUCCUUCAAAGGCAGACCCACCCACAUGAGAUUACUUGGAGGCACUGAUUGCUUGACCACUUCCAAGGCCCACUACAGGCUGGAACACAUGUCAUCUGUAUUAACACUAAUCUACUUCUCUGUAAUUACAUACUGUUUAAUCUACACACUGUAUAUUAAUCCAGUGAACUUAAUGCCUCUAGAAAUAGAAGCAAUAAAAAUUUAA